CCGAUUUUCAUCCACCCCCGCACACCUGCAUACACCGAAGACGCAAGCGGAAACGAGAGGCACACUCUCCCCCACGGCUGCCCCCGUCUUCUCCUCCCUCCACCACCACCCGCCGCCCCCUCCCCAAGCGAUCGACUCCCCGCCCUCCUCUCUCGCGCCAGUUAAGGACUUCCCGACCAGAAGGCAUUUCAACACUCCUUCCUAUGCUUGAUGUCAACUAUCAAAGAUGUUGUUUAGUGCUGUGGAGGUCAAGUAGCAUUGGAUCAUAAAUUCUCCUAGAACAAAACAGGCAUGGACCGUGCAGACACCUCAGGGUUUGUCAGUGGUGGUUGCUUCAGUACUACCCUCCUGCUGAUAUUCUUCCAUUUUGUCUAUUCUGUGGUCCUUGUCUGAAAGAUCUUCAGGUCCCUGUUCUUCAGUUCUUCAGUGCUUCAGUUGUCAUUUGCUCUCAUAUCGUUGUCAUACUGUUAAGCUGUGAUGGAUAACAGCUUUGUGGACAUCUCAAAUCAACCUCCAAUGAAUAACCCUUUUAUGCUAAUGGAACAGACAGCUCAAAGCUACACCAUGGUGAACCUAGGCAAGAGCACACCCCACAUGGACUGCCUGGUUUCUGCAAUGGCUAGUUAUGACCAUGGUAAUCAAGAUACACAGGAUAUUGGUAGCAUCACAACUAGAGAUGAUGGUUGCAGGUUAGUCCUGGGAUUGGGUCCAACACCAAAUUUUUACUCCGCAGAGUGCCAGCCCACUGGAGUAGACAAGCUUAAAGAAGCUCCUUCAUUAUCUGGCCAGGGUAUGACUAUAAUCGAUCCUGGGAUGCUGAGGCUGGGCCUUCAGAUGAAUGUUGCCCAAACAAUUCAACCUUUGCAAGCACCAGAUGGAACAGUUCAUUCUUUUCCUGUUGUUGAUGAGGCCUCAACAUCUGCUGCUGUAAGGAGCAUCGGUGGCUACAUGCCAUCCCUACUCUUUGCUCCACGCUCCGGUUCUUCUGCUGUCAAUGAUACCCUUCAAGCAGAAACCCAGGAUUCAUUAGACCUGACUGACAGCGACAAUGAUAACACUCAGCAUGGUCAACAUCACCUUCAGCUCAGCCCUGAGCCAUCUGCCAUGACAGAGGGUUCAUUUGGUGUGAGCUCUGACGUGGUCACUGCAGCAACCACAUCAGAACAAAGGAAUCAUCCGCGGCAUCCGAAGAAAUGCAGGUUCAAGGGCUGCUCCAAAGGUGCAAGAGGCGCAUCAGGGCUGUGCAUUGCCCAUGGAGGUGGGCAGAGAUGCCAUAAGCCUGGGUGCCACAAAGGUGCGGAGAGCAGCACUGCCUAUUGCAAGGCCCAUGGUGGUGGUCGGAGGUGUGAGGAGCUUGGUUGCACCAAGAGUGCUGAAGGGAAGACGGAUUAUUGUAUUGCUCACGGUGGAGGUCGUCGUUGUGAACAUGAUGGGUGUCCUAAAGCUGCACGGGGUAAGUCUGGGCGGUGCAUCAAGCAUGGUGGCGGGAAGAGAUGCACAGUGCAAGGUUGCAUCCGGAGCGCCGAGGGGAAGGCCGGACUCUGCAUUUCUCAUGGUGGUGGUCGCCGGUGCCAGUUCCCUGAUUGCGCCAAGGGCGCUCAGGGCAGCACAUUGUACUGCAAAGGGCAUGGCGGUGGCAAACGGUGCAUCUUCGAUGGCUGCAGAAAAGGUGCAGAGGGGAGCACGCCUCUGUGCAAAGCACACGGCGGCGGCAAGCGAUGCAUGUUUGAAGGUGGCGGCGUCUGCCCAAAGAGCGUGCAUGGUGGCACCGAGUACUGCGUGGCGCACGGAGGAGGAAAGCGCUGUUCGGUGGUCGGCUGCACCAAGAGUGCCCGUGGCCGCACCGACUGCUGCGUGAAGCACGGCGGCGGGAAGCGGUGCAAGGUCGACAACUGCAGCAAGAGCGCCCAGGGGAGCACUGACUUCUGCAAAGCCCACGGUGGCGGCAAACGGUGCACAUGGGGAACGGGCUGCGAGAAGUUCGCCCGCGGCAGGAGCGGCUUGUGUGCCGCGCAUGGGACCUUGGCGGCCAAGCAGCAAGAGUGCAACGCGGCGAAGGACGGCGCCGGCAUGAUCCCGCCUGGCCUCUUCAGUGGCAUCGUGACCGUCGCUGCUACGAGCAGCAUGACGAACGAGUACUCGUCGUCGGGCAUCAGCACCGCGUCGGACUGCGACGGCACGGUGAGGAGCCAGGCGAUGAUGAUACCUCCCCAGGUGCUGGUGCCUCGCUCCAUGAUGCCCUCGCCGUCGUCUGAGCCUACUGUGCAGGGGGGCAGAGAGGGAGGCUGUGCCGUUCCGGAGGGAAGGGUGCACGGUGGUGGCCUCUUGUCACUGCUCGGUGGCAGCUUCCGGAACGCCGACAUGGAUAAGCUUUGAAUUGCUUCCCCGGCUCCCAAAUUCUGUUAGUUUGGUUGUGUACAUAAACAAGGCAAAUUUGUUGCCGAUUUGAACUUCUAUGGCGCUUUCCUUUGUCUAGAUAACUGUUUCGUGGAUGGUUAGUCCAGUCCCUUGUACAUUCCUGUCCGUGCCAAUUGUCCUGAACACCUUUUCAUGUCAGUUUAGUCAGUCGUAGAAACUGGCAAUAAAAUUUGUGUAUUUGUUUA